CAGAGGCUUGUGGGAGAUUUUUGCUGCGUUGGAGACAUUUUGGAUCUGAAAAGGGGCUGAACUAGUCGUCAGUCCCAGCUCUCGGUUUCCCUGAGUUCCAGAGAACAUGUCAACUAUGAUGUAUCCACGGGAGGAGAAGCUGGAAAAGCUUUCCCAGGAGGAGAUCAUCUCCAACACCAAGCUGGUGAUCCAAGGCCUUGAGGCCCUGAAGAACGAGCACAACUCCAUCCUCCACAGCCUGCUGGAGACCAUCAAGUGCCUAAAGAAGGAUGAAGAGGCCAACUUAGUCCAUGAGAAGUCCAAUUUGCUCCGCAAGUCGGUGGAGAUGAUCGAGCUGGGACUGGGAGAAGCCCAGGUCAUGAUGGCUCUGUCCAAUCACCUGAAUGCGGUGGAGUCGGAGAAGCAGAAGCUGCGUGCGCAGGUCAGGAGGCUUUGCCAGGAGAACCAGUGGCUGCGGGACGAGCUGGCCAACACCCAGCAGAAGCUACAGAAGAGCGAGCAGAGCGUGGCCCAGCUGGAGGAGGAGAAGAAGCACCUAGAGUUUAUGAACCAGCUCAAAAAGUAUGAUGAAGACGUCUCACCCACUCAGGAGGAGAAAGACAGAGAAACGCCAAAGGACAACCUGGAUGACCUCUUUCCUAAUGAUGAAGAGGAGCAAGGUCAAGGAAUGCAGCACCAACACAACAGCGCUGCUGUGGCUGCAGCCCAGCAGGGCGGCUAUGAGAUCCCGGCCCGCCUAAGGACCCUCCACAACUUGGUGAUUCAGUACGCCUCUCAGGGCCGCUACGAGGUGGCCGUGCCCCUCUGCAAGCAGGCUCUGGAGGACCUGGAGAAAACCUCUGGACAUGACCACCCCGAUGUCGCCACCAUGCUCAACAUCCUGGCUUUGGUCUACAGGGAUCAAAACAAAUACAAAGAGGCAGCCCAUCUGCUCAAUGAUGCCCUAUCCAUCCGUGAGAAAACCCUGGGCAAAGACCACCCGGCCGUUGCUGCAACUCUGAACAACUUGGCCGUGUUGUACGGAAAGAGAGGGAAGUACAAGGAAGCCGAGCCUCUCUGUAAGAGAGCCCUGGAGAUCAGAGAAAAGGUUCUGGGGAAGGACCACCCAGAUGUGGCCAAGCAACUGAACAACCUGGCCCUGCUGUGCCAGAACCAGGGCAAAUAUGAGGAGGUGGAAUAUUAUUACUGCCGCGCCCUGGAGAUCUAUGAGUGUCGGCUGGGUCCAGACGAUCCCAACGUGGCCAAAACCAAGAACAACCUGGCUUCCUGCUUCCUCAAACAGGGGAAAUACAAAGAGGCUGAGAUUCUGUACAAAGAGAUUCUGACCCGUGCUCAUGAGAAAGAGUUUGGAUCGGUUGAUGCUGAGAACAAGCCCAUCUGGAUGCAUGCAGAGGAAAGAGAGGAGAUGAGCAAGAGCAAACACAGAGACAACACCCCAUAUGGAGAGUACGGAGGCUGGUACAAGGCAUGCAAAGUCAACAGCCCUACAGUGAACACUACCCUGAGGAACCUCGGUGCUCUGUACCGCCGCCAGGGCAAACUAGAGGCAGCGGAGACACUGGAGGAGUGUGCUGUGAGGUCUCGCAAGCAGAGCAACACAGGCAUCGACCCCAUCCACCAAACGCGUGUGGUGGAGAUCCUGAAAGAUACAGACGGUGAGAGGCGGAGGAGCAGAGACAGCCUGACCAGCGUUAAGUACGAGAGCGGCUCUGAGACUGGCGAGGAAGUGAGUAUGGGCGUGGAGUGGAACGGGGCCUAAGCCAUCAAGAUUAUUCCUUCAUGCUUCUCUCCUUCCCCCCAACACAGUAACAAAGGGAUGUGUGUUGUCGUUCCCUCUGGGCUCCUUUGUCCCUACAAACCAACAACUCCUCUUCCGUCUCCGGUGCCCCCCCACCCUCUCUGCAGCAGAGACUCAGAAAGCCCCCCCCCCUCCUGGUUGUCAUCUCUCUUCCCUGCUCAACUGGCCACUGCUGGGACGUUUGGUCUUCUCAUCUCUGCUCUUCUCAAACUUUCCUGUCACUAACCAAUGUCAGAAGUCUUUCUUUCAGCUCUUUCUCUCACUUUGACAUUAGAGGAAGUUGUUAUGAGUGUGUGUGUGUGUGUGUGUAAUCUAUCCCUGUGAGGAUGUCACUUGUACGUUUUUUCCCCCUCGGCAGAAUUUAUUUAUACUUUUUAAUGUGGGCAUAGUAGAUUUAUUUAUCUAGUUUGUAGAGCUGAAGGUGGGAAAAGAAAUGUUUAGAGUUAUCAUGGAGUCAAAAUAUUAAUUUCUACAGUUUAGUUUAUCUGCAUGAUCUCACGGAAAUUGUUGAAACCUAAAAGUUGAGCUGCCAUCUUGGUGCCUGGAUUUCGCCACUUUAUGUUUUACAGACGUUUAUUUAGUAAAGUUUUAACCUGAUGCCUGGUUCAGAAAUGGUACUGUAUGAUAUCCAAUGAAGGUUGUACAGCCUUGCUGAAGAAAAGUGAUCGUUGCCAUUUUUAUUUUCUUUUUACAUUACAUGUUGUCGGUUCUUUUGUAUCAUCAUUGUUUACAUUUUUUUAAAAGGCUUUUGAUACGUUUUGGCGCAGUGUAAAGGCUGUAGUGAGCGUUGCCUGUUGCUAAUGAGAGAAGUUUUGCCUGAUGACAGAAAGCUACUGUUGCCAUGGUAAAAUGUUCUGGUGGCUCCCACCAGCUUGCGGUGUCCUUGGUUUCUAUGGUGUUCAAGAAAGGUUCGGUUCUGCCAAGAUACGGUUCUGGUGUGAAGUUUACAAAUGCUCAUCUUUCUUGGUGGGCCAGAGGUACCCAGUUCGAACCCGGCGUAAAACAUCUGCUAAGUCUGUGUGUGAGCAGCUGUGGAGUGGAAUCAACACAAGCAGACUAAUGUGGAAAUUUCUUAAUAAUUUAAAUUCCAUGGAUGGAUUUUGAAGCAACAGAUAAUCUUUUUAGAAGAAUAUGCACAAGUUAAAUUUGGGGGGCGGACUUUUAAAAAUCACUUUUGCCAGUAUUCUAUCAUGCAAUGUGUAGUAGCACAAUAAAAUUGUAUUGAGAAAUACUUUGACCAAAAAAUAAUAAACAGCCAUAAAUGAGGAAAAAAUAACAUUUCACUAAAUUACACUUGUGUAUUGCACAUAAUCCACUAUUAAUAAAUCGUUAAUAACAUAAUGUUGACGCUGAGUAUGAGUGUAUGUAAACUUCUGACCAGAACUGUGAGUUUGAUAUGUGGAGCAGAGACCAGCUGGAGCGGUCAGCUCAACUAUGAGCCACUUGAGAGAUUACCUUGCCAUUAAUGUUGGAUUUUUAAUCCUUUUUUUUUAAUGCAAAUACCCAGAAUUCUUUGCUCUGGUGGCAUUGGAGAUGUAACCUAAUGGUGUCACUUUACAGAUGUCAGUGUGAUUAUGUGCUUGUUUCAGUGGUACAGUCACAGUGAACCAAUCUGGCGUUGGAAACUGUAGUUUGAACACAAAGCUUCGAGCCUUUUUAGUUCUUGCUCAGCGUAGAUAUUGUAACUUUGGUGAAUCAUGUUUUUUUUGGCACCAGGAAUUCAGUGCAAGUGUCUCCUCACGGUUUACCCUAACCGAAUGUAAAUGAUCUUAACAUCUUGGAAGUGUAACUGUAGGCUGUAUUUAUAGAUUCGACAAGUGCAUUCACUCUAUGGCUUUUCAAUGUGCUACAUGCCUUGAUUCUUCAUUCCUUUCCAUUGAGUACGCCUAUACAUCUAAUGCAACUCUGAACAAAAGAAAAAUAAUACAGUGUUCACUCAAUUAUGAUGAUAUUGUUGUUAGUGGAAUGCUUGCUUAUUUAUUGAAGUGUCUAUUCUCAACAUAUAAAGUGGGAUUCUGUUUCUAUUUGUGAAAGAACAAAAACCAUAAGCUCUAUAAGCAUUAUCUUAGUAUGUAUUAUGCAUUAUAUCUAUAUAUUCACCAUUCUGCAUUGUGAUGAUUAAUGCAUCAACACUUGUUGGUAUUCUCAAAUAAAGUUUUUCAUUUGUGAA